AUGUGCAUACCUUUUUUACUUAAAAAUUAUUUUUUUAAAGAUAAUUCUACCAAUUCAACAAUAUAUUUAAAUUUAACCCCUUUCAAUGAUUUAUUAAAAGAAAUUCAAAUAUUCCCUUACAAAAGAAAUAUUCUCUUUUUUGAUAUUGACGGUGCUGAAUGGGAUAUAUUUGGAGUUAUUUUGAAUAAAACAUUUUGUGAUAAAUGGCUCAGAAGUUUUAAACAAAUUUGUUUAAAAAUAAGGUAAAU